AUGGCGGUCGUGUCAAUUCUGUAUGCCAUUUCAAGUCAUCGUUAAUCUCACCAUUAAAAUUGGACUCAGAGUGUGCAAACUUAACAUAGAAGAUCACAGGAAUGCCGACUGUAGAUAAAGUAGGGAAGUAUGAGAUAGAUGGACAAAAAAACCCGGGAAAUAAUGAGACGCCAUCUGCACCACAAAAUGGUCAAAAUGUCAACUGGAGUCUUAGUAAAAGCAAAAAGUCGCCAUUGGAGAGGUCGGCGUUCAGUGAAACAGAUCUGAAAGUAAAACUAGCUGCAAAGGAGGAAGGUGUUCCUUUAAAAGGGAAAGUUGUAACUCAUUAUUCCGAGAGUGAUGUACAGCUGGCAAAGUUGGAUGUUCCCUUAUUCGAGGACUCAAGAUCAGAAAUUAGUGGAAGUUCUGGUUUGGCAAUUGUGCCUUAUUUUGAUGGAAGAAGUUUAGUGUCGCAAGAGAGUGGACAAGAUCUUGUCCUUGCGCACCAUGAGGUAGCUGCAGUGGAAAUUCACGACAAGGACAAAUUGGAAGAAGGGAGAGACAUUGUUCCUUCACUCCCAGAGGGAUGGCCACAAUUUAGAAACAGAUCAUGGCGACGCAAAAGCUGCGAACUGGUGAAAAGCACAUCCUCAUGUGUUAGGAAAGCAGUUUCCCAUCUACAUAAACUGCAAGACCUGAUUGAUGCAUUCUACAUGACUGAUCUUCCUGAUGAAAAGGGAAAAAAUGGCAGGCAAAGAUCCAGUGUAGUAUUAGACUUAGAUGCUAAGGAUAAAGAGGAACUAUUAGAAAGUCAAGGUCCUCUUGAAGAUUCAACCCAUUUAUCCUCAGCUAGUAGCCAUGGCAGACGCAUCCGCUGGCUUCUUAGCUCAGCAUCCCUUGGUAACAUUGAAGAGGAAAUGACAUCAGUUGAACCAAGGCUGGAGUCCUCUGCCAGUGGUGCUACUUUAGAGGUAAGAGGAAGAAGUGCUGGAACAGUGAUGAGUAAGGUGUCAACUCCAAAGUCUGCUGCUGGUGAGAUUGUUCCUAAGGAAUAUGAUGUCAUUGAAGAGGUCAUAACAUUACUAGGGAGAAUGGAAAGUGACAGACUUUCAACUCAAGAUGGCUUGGUUAAAGAAAGAGAACGAGUGCAGUUCCUCAGAAAUGAGAUUGAUGCUCAGGCCUACAAGCGCAUGCAUGAUCUUCCACUGGCCGUGCAAAGGGAGCAUGAAGCCUGUGCUAUUGAUAUAAAUGAGUUAAGAUGGCAUUGUGCUUAUCAAGGCAGAAUCGAAGCCAGGAUCAAGGAAAGGGUGCAUCAUGCAGAAGUUAGACAUACAAAGGUUUUGCAAGAUCUGAGCAACAUACAGAAACACUGUCCUUUGGUUGAAGAGAAACUUGAUCUAGAAGGUGAAGCAAUGUCGAGCAUACAACUUAAACAAGAUGAAACAGAUGAAGAAUUAAGUAAUACUCUUGAUAGACUAGAGGCUACAGAAAGAAAAACAGCGGAAGCUCAAGGAAAAGCUACUCAAGAAAGGGCUCUAAUAAAACAGGAGGUUGAUGUUGUACGCAAUGAACUCAAUGCUGUCAGCGAUGAACUGGCACAAUUAAGGAUGUACUAUACGUCUAACACACAUACUAUGAAUGACAUCAGAAACACUCUCACAGAAAAUGCCGAACAGCUUGUAGUGCUGGAAAGAAGAGAAGAAAGAAUCAAGGCCUUAGAAGCAACUCAGCAAGACAAGGUGCAAAGAAUUCGAGAGAAAAUUGUAGAACAAGAAGCAGAACAUAUAAAGCUUGUAGAUGAGAACAACAAGCUGAAGACGGAGAAGCAGAUAACACAAGCGUCUAUGGAAAGCGAAAACAGCAAGUUGGAGCUUGAAAUCAAGAAUGCUUCCAAGAAACUAAAGGACUUAACCAGAAGAAUCAAAGAAAGCAAAGCUGAAAAUAGCAAGCUGAACAUGAAGCUGGAACAAUGUGCGAAACAAAAAAUUGCGGAUGAGAAGGCUGUGAAGAGAGCACAACAGGAGAUGGAAAAAAUUGAAGAGCAGAUGGAGGUUUCCAAGGAAGAGACGAAGAAAGUCGAGGUUCUUCAUGACAACCUCUCAGAAGUUCUAGUUGUUAAGAAAGAAGAAGUAAUGGGUAUUGAAGAAUCACUGAAAACUACUGCUGAUGCGCUCAAGAAACAACUUAAGGACGAAGCUCAUGCUAGGACUGUUCUACAGGCAAGGAUCACAUCAGACACACAGGACCUUGCCAAGACACACGUUGACUCCAAAAAGAAACGGGAAAAAGCUACACAGCGGGCAGAGGAAAUGGUAAAGCUUGUUGAUCACGUGAGAGACCAGGUUUCAAAACUGGAAAAGAUUCAUAAUGAGAGACAAGAGACCAUUGCGCAACUUAACAAGAUUUUGGACAAGGUGAAACAACAAUACAACGAUAUGGAAUCGAAAUUCCAGGGUGAAAUCUCUGAGCUGCUCCCGAAAGAAGAGGAAUUAAAGAAAGAAACCAUGGAAUUAACUAAACGUUUAGAUCACAUCACUUGGAAAUCCGAGAUGAUGGAGAAGAAAAUGGCGGACAUGGAGUCUUCCUCGCAAAUGAUGAACAAAGUCAUAGCCACAACCCAAGAGAAUAUAAAUGAUCUGAACGAGGAAAUGACUGAAUUAAAGAUUCAAAUAGAGACAGGAUUUGAAACCGAGCAAGGCUUAAAGAAAUCCCUUCAACAACUUGAAGAGAGAAUCAAUCGAAGCAAAGAUAAUCACGAAAAGCAUAUGGAAGAAAGGGAUCAGGUGUUAACAACCAAUCAGAGAGGAGUAAAAACAGCCCUGAGUGAAAACAAGAAACUGGCGAUAGUUUACCAAAGGUCGCAAAACACCUUGUUGAAUAACAAAGCUGCUUUGCUGAGGCUUGUCGAGAGAAGAGUUAACAAUGAAGACAGCUUGAAAGAUCACAGAGAGCUGUCUGCUCUACAAGGUCGCAUGCGCCAAGCAUUAGAAUUCUUCUACCGUCUUCGUGGCUUACAAAGUAAAGCGGACAUAGCCGACUUCGAACUGAGAUGUAUAAAAAAUGGAGAUAAACUUACAACUUUACAGUCUGAAAUGAUGAGAGUCAUUGAACACAUAAACCGUUUUCUGGAAGCCAACAAUGCCGCCCAUGAUGUGAUCUCGAUGGAAGCUGCAAAAAUCGCGCAAACACCGACAAAUGACGCCAUUUUUGCUUAAGGAAAAUGUGGCUAACCAGGCUGUAAAGACACAGAAACUGUUUUUAUUUUUCAGUGAUAAGCGACCUCCUACCCUUCCCAGACUGAUAGACGUGUGUCAUACUAUAAGUAUAGGAGAAAUAAAUCAUUUUUAUUUGUCAAGGACUUGAAAAAAAAAACCAGUCUCGCUGUUGAUAACUUGUUAUUUCAAAGGCCACUUUUUCUAUUUCAGUCUCAGAGGUAA